UGUGGUUAGUCUUGUUCUAGAUUCGAUUGAAGUUGGUCGCCCGCGAUCCGCGAGUGUGCUUUUUGGACUGGCUAUAAAAUUUAAAAAAAUUCAAAAUGUGGAAGAUGAUUAGCAGAUUCAACAACGCCAACGGUGGAAUCCGGCUGCAACUGCUGUUUUGCAUUCUAACAAUCAGUCUGGAACUGCAACAAGUUUACGCACAUUCCAUCGUGGAAAGCGAAUCCACCGGAACCAGCAACUCGGCAGCGUUCCGCGGAGGAACGACAGCUUCCGGCUACGAACCCAAGUCCUUCUACCGGAUCAGCUGCCCGGGCCAAAGCGAGUGCGUCCCACUGGCCGAUUGUCCCGAGUUGUUGCUGGAAACGGCCCGCCAGUGCUACCGGGGGGACUUUUCCCUUUCGUGCGGGGUGAACGAGCUGGAACCGCACGUGUGUUGCCCGAGGACACCGAACCGGUUCGACGACGACCGGAACGGCGAGAACGUUGGUUGUGGCAAGAGUAUCGUCCAGGGUGACUACUACAACGGGCUGGGAGCGUUCCCGUUUGUGGCGCGGAUCGGGUUCAAGAAUACCAAAACAGGAUCGUUCAUCUAUCCGUGCUCCGGUUCAAUCAUCGCCCGCCAGAUAAUUCUAACGUCCGCCCACUGCGCCCUGGCCAAAGCGGACAGCCAUCGACUGUCUUCGGUGAGAAUUGGGGACUACGACACACGCACCGAUCCGGACUGCGGAAAUACCGGGUUCUGCGCACCGGCAGCCAUUAAUCACGCCGUCAGCCAAAUUAUUGUCCACCCGGAUUAUGUGGACGGGCAGUAUCACCAUGACAUUGCACUGCUGAUUCUGCGAUCUCCCAUCAACUACACAGUGGCCGCCCAACCGCUUUGUCUCCACCGAAGGCGCCAAGAUCUGACCGUUGGCCGGCGGGUACAAAUCAUCGGCUGGGGUAAACUGUCCACCAGCGGAACCAAAUCGCCCGAGCUGCAAUCGCUGGAGGUGCCGCUGACGUCCUGGGACCAGUGCGUCCGUGCGUACUCCUCCACGGGAGCGCUCCAGUCGACCAAAUCCAUCGAGGGCGAAUGGAUGUGUGCGGGGGGUGAAGGUCGCGAUGCGUGCCUGGGCUUUGGAGGGGCACCACUCAUCAUCCGCGAUGGAGCUACCAAGAGGUACGCCCAGAUCGGGAUCAUGUCUUUUGGAGCGGAAACUUGUGGCGCACUCAACAUGCCCAGCGUGUACACCUCGAUUGCGCAUUACGCGCACUGGAUCGAGUCUAACACGCCGACGACCUUUGUGUGAUUUUUGAUGGAGCAGUCGGGGCCGGUGAUAAGUUAUUAUGUGCGUGUUUUUACUAUAUUUAUAUGGAUGAUGAUGAUGAAUACGUAAUAAUAAAGUGCUAAUUCUACCAGUUAUGGA